AGGCCUUUAUGUGGAAAUCAAUCAAUCCACCUCACCAAUUAUGACGAUCAGGCUAGUGAUUGAGUAUUCAUUGGCAGUGAUAAAUUAAUGAUGACCAACACAAAACUGUACACUAAACAGUUUUGAAUUAAAAAGUGAAUUGUUCGCAGUAUGGACAAUUACGCGAGACCUACGGAGGAAAGACCACCACGGUUCACGUCAAAUUCAGACAAAACCACUUUUUCCCCCAAUUUUGUUCAAUGACGUCAGCCUCAGGGUCCCCCCACUUGCGCUUGCAGGACUUGUAGCUGGCUCGAGCUGGAGGAGGUACUACGGCGGGUACCCCCAUGAGCGCACUGACAGUUCGAACUGACCGAGUUUGAACCUGUGAACGGUGGUGGUACUUGGAUACACGGAAUUUGAAUUCACUUUGGACAUUCAGUGUUCGCGUGUUAUCGAGUGGGAUAUACAGGGGCUAUAACAGUUUGGAGGAUUUUUCAUAGUGUAUUGUCUUCCAUACAAUUGCGCAAAGCCUAUCACUUGGGCCAGUUAUAGGAUUAAACACAUUUACGCUCUGGAGUUACCUACUUGUAGCUGGAGUCAUCCUCGUGGAGGUCUGUACAAACACCCGCUACCCAGUGUGAAGAGGGACUCACAGCCACAGCCUUCAUCCCCUCCCCCUUAUCCUCCCAUCCUCCCUCACCAGACCAAGAAAGAGAGCAAUUGAGAGAGAGAGAGAGAGAGAGAGAGAGAGAGAGAGAGAGAGAGAGAGCGAGAGAAGAGAGGGAACGUGGGAAAGAAGGAGACAUGUACCAAACGCUCCUCCUCUCCUCCUCUCUCUUCAUCCUUCACGUGGCAGGCACUCCCCAGUUCCUCGGUCACCACGGGAGGAGGGUGUGCAGCAGAGAUGUCCGUCACAGCCGCGUCGUCACGGCGACCGAAUCCUACAUCCAGCCCGUCCACAAGCCUUACAUCACCCUGUGUCAGGGUCACAGACUGUGCAGUACCUACAAGACGGUUUACAGGCUGUCGUACCGGCAGGUGACCAAAGCCACGCCCCUCGCCCACAUCUACCCAGAAUGCUGUCCCGGCUGGCGACGCCUCCACUCUCACAACUGUAACCAAGCGGUGUGCGGCGAGGCCUGUGUGAACGGAGGAACCUGCCUGCGACCGAACCACUGUGCCUGUCCUCUGGGAUGGACGGGCCGUCUGUGUCAAACAGACGUGGACGAGUGCAGUGAGCAGCACCCGUGCCCCCAGACGUGCGUGAACACGGCCGGCAGCUACCGAUGCGCGUGCCGGGAGGGCUCCAGCCUGGCGGCGGACGGACGCUCCUGCCGGAGCCACCCCCCCACCCCUCCUCCUCCUCCUCUUCCCCCUGCCCCAACCACCCAGAGAAGUCAGGCCAAAGCAGAGGAUUCCGGAGCUUCUUCCAAUGAUUCAGGGUUUGGCCUAGCAGAGAACGUGACCGAGGAGGUGCAGAUCUUGAAGAACCGAGUAGAGCUGCUGGAGCAGAAGCUUCAGUUGGUGCUAGCCCCCUUCAACAGCCUGUUCCCCCUGUCGCUGGACGAGGGCAUGUCAGAGAAGACCACCUUCCUGUCUCACUCCUUCCAGCAGCUGGACCGCAUCGACUCCCUCAGCGAACAGAUUGGCUUCCUGGAGGAACGUCUUGGCACCUGUUCCUGCCAGGAGAAUUAGCCAGAGAAACAAGACAAGAACACAUACAAACACACACAGUAAAGCUACGCCUGGACUUAUCAGCAGCUUCAAUGGAAACUCAUUUUAGGAUCUAGGAAGCUUUUUAGGAUUUUAAUAUCCUGGUCAAACCCCUCCAACAUAGUGUUUUUGUGUUGAGACACACUUUGUGUACAUCUUUGAAUAUACUACAGACAGCCCCUAACACUACAGUGGCCACAUUUAUCAUGUUUCCAGUAAGUGAUCCCAUGCACCCCACCUGUGACUGUUUCAACUCACCAGCUGCAUCCUCCUGUUAACCGAAACCACAUUACUUGAGUCCGACCAGGGUUCCGCCAUUUUGGUUCCAUGUGUGCCAUCUAGUUUCACAGUUUUAGGUUCAUAUCAUUGCAGGUAGGCCAUCUGCUGGUGUCUCCCAACUGUCCCUAAAGUGGCUCAAUUGGAUCUAUAUUUAUCUAUUUAUGAUUUAUUUUGUGGGCAUGUUUCCGUGAUAUCAUUAACACAUUUUGUAGUUUUGUAACUUUUUUUGUAAUAAAAUUGUUUAAUCAAAAAAGUGUUAAUGUAUUGUAAGCCAUGCCUUUUGGAAGAUAGCAGACCACAAAUCAAAGCACCCCACAACGAUGACAUAAGAAAAAAAGAAUUCAAUGUAUUUAUUCUUUUCCAAGGCAUUCGUCAAAACAUAUAUCCAUAUUGUGUGAAAAUGAAUGAACACUACAUUAUUGAUAUUAACCGUAUACUACAACGGGCCGCUCCACGUGUGUGUAUGUAAACACACGCUCACACACGGCUCUGCAGGAUGCUGACACACAAUGCUUCAGCCAGCUCAGUUUUCCACACAGUAUUGUAUACCUAAAGCUACCAUCAGGUUACACUUCAAUAGCUUUGGUGAACAUAGAGAAUAUAUAUAUAUAUAUUUAUUUUUUCCAAAUAUACCACCAACAUUUUAACAUAACAGCUUUAUAAUUAUUUCUUAUUUUUUCUUUUUAAUCUUUUCCAAUAUUUUAUAUAUAAUUCAUCUCAACAACUGCCAAUUCAACAUUGCAUGGCUUAGGUUUGGACAAGCCUGUUCACCUAAGGUCAUUUCAAAUCCAUGAAAUGCACUAACAUACAGGAAUCUUGAGCUGCAAAAGAAAAAGAGCAUUCAAAUCAUAAAACAACAUCAUUUGCCAUCUCUAAAUCAAUGACAGUUGUACAUUUUGGCUGAAACCAAUUUGGUAGUGAUUGUGUUAGACAUUCAAACCUGCAUUUGAAAGACAAGCAGAAAGAAACUGCAGAUUACAAAAAAUAAAUCCACCUCGGAGAUUAAAGAGGUGUCACUGAUUUUGGUGAGCUGGAAUUACCGUAGGGGUCAUCGUAAGCAUAUGCAGCGUGACUGACCUUUGACAACAACAUAGACAGAGGACACUCGGGCCCUGUAGGUAUGCUAUAGAUCUGCUGCCUGAUGCUGAGAACAAAAUAAUACUGUGGCAGCCACUUGACUACAGAGCUGGACUCACUGGCUCAGGAUCAGACACACAAUUCAUGUUUUCAUUCCUGCCGUGUACUAGUUCUUCAAGAAGUUCAGGGAAGCAGAAUGUUGCAGCAAAUUCUA